UUAUUGAUUUUUAUUCAUAUACUAUAUUAUAAUAUAUGCAAAAACAAAUAUACUGGCUAUGAGAUAAUAGCUAAAUAAGCAUACCUUGGCCAUUUUAUUUCCAGGUUGCAUUCCAUGUAAUUUUUUAAAAAUACAUACACAAAUAAUCCCCAACUUGUUAUCAGAAAACAGAAUGUUACUGCUAGAGAAAAGAAGUAUUCUGUUUCUCCUUCUUAUUUCUCAGUGCUGGGGGGAGGAAAGAUCCUACACUUUUGGACCAAGAGAAGUCAGCCAGGAGUUCUGGAAAACCAGAAGUGUUGUCAGUACACGCAGAUUCAGGUCUCCAGUUGAGUGUGCAUCUUCUCUUCGCCUGGGAUCACUGUACAAUUCUUUCCUUUACAGGGAGGAUGGAUUAUGUGAGAUGGCCUUUGUUGAUAAGCUGACACCAAGUUCACUAUCUCCAGUGAAAGUGAAAUAUCGAGUCCUAAUAAAGGAAGGUGACAAAGAGCUUAGUGACAUCUGCCCAACAACUCAUCCAUAUCCAUUCCUGGAAGGAAGGAAAUGUUGCCAGAAAAAUCUGGAAAACCCAUUUGUUGGUGUUACAACAGGGACUAGAGGACUACUAACCAUCAACAGUACUUCAUGCAGUUACCCAUCAGUUGAGUGUGAAGUAGGGUAUAAAUGCUCUUUGAAUAGUAUAAUUGGAAAUCCAAUGCAUAUGAAUGUUGACCUGCAACCUGCUAGCUAUUGGUAUGUUGAAACAGUAUCAAAUGAAUAUGAGUGUCAACAAAUCUGUGAGACAGAGACCAAUUGUAAGGGUUGGGUAUGGAAUGAAUGGAAUGAAUGUUACAUGUUUCAAAAUGGAGUUACAAUAAGAGCUAUGGAUCAAAUCCUUCUGGGAGGUUUCAAGUCAAGCUACAUCAAUAUGCCAUUUGAUUAAAAAUCUGAACACAUACUCCUAUGUUAUUAUGUUAAAAUAGUAAUAAAAAUAAUUAUGCUGGUAAA